GUGACAUCACGCAGGAAAGUACACACUCUCACGGCGCAGGCAGCACUGACCUGAAAACAACAAGACACAGCCACAUUUCUACCGACAACGGCUCAUGACACCAUUGUAGAGACCCCCAAGUCUAGUUUCAACAAUGGAGAAACCUCCCUUCAGGCAGAACCAGAACUGCGGAGACUGGGAGCUGAAAGAGAGGCUGGGAAUGGGUGGCUUUGCCCAUGUCUACCUCUACCAACAUCAUGAAACAAAUGAAAAACUGGCAGUGAAGAUGUGUCGUCUGGAGCUCACGCCAAGAAAUAAGGACAGAUGGAGCAGAGAAAUCCAGAUCAUGAAAAAAUUAAAUCACAUAAAUGUUGUGACAGCCCGAGAUGUCCCGGAGGAGAUGAAGCACAUAGCCUUAAAUGAUCUUCCACUGCUAGCCAUGGAGUACUGCUCCAGAGGAGACCUGAGGAAGGUGCUGAGCAAACCUGAAAACUGCUGCGGUUUGAAGGAGAGCGAAGUGCUUUCAUUACUGAAUGAUGUUGGAUCUGGUAUCCAGUAUCUGCACGAAAACAAGAUCAUCCACAGAGAUCUUAAACCUGAAAACAUAGUGCUGCAAAAUAUCAAUGGAAAGCUCGUUCACAAAAUCAUUGACCUGGGCUACGCAAAAGACCUUGACCAGGGUAGUCUGUGUACUUCAUUUGUCGGCACGCUGCAGUACCUGGCACCUGAGCUCUUUGAGAAUAAGCCAUACACGGUCACUGUGGACUACUGGAGCUUUGGCACAAUGAUAUUUGAAUGCAGUUGUGGUUUUCGUCCUUUCUUGCACAACCUGCAACCUGUGCAGUGGGCCAGCAAAGUACGGAAUAAAGGUCCAAAGGACAUCAUGGCUGUAGAGGAAUUAAACGGAGAAGUCAGAUUCUCCACACACCUUCCGUACCCCAACAAUCUGAGCAGGACUCUGUUGGAGCCCAUGGAGGCUCUGCUUCAGCUGAUGUUAAAGUGGGAUCCUGUCCAGAGAGGAGGCAAACUGAACUCCGACACUAAGAAACCCAUGUGCUUUGAAGUGCUGGAGCAGAUACUGAGUAUGAAAGUUGUGCACAUCCUGAACAUGACCACAGCUCAGGUCCACUCCUUCCAGCUGACUCCGGACGAGAGUCUCCACAGUUUGCAGAAGCGCAUUGAGGCAGAGACAAGGAUCGAAGUGGUGAACCAGGAGCUGCUGCAGGAGACGGGCGUGUCACUGGACCCCCGGAAGCCUGCUGCACAGUGUGUCCUGGAUGGAGUGAGAGGCUGGGACAGCUAUAUCGUCUACCUGUUUGACAAGAGCAUCACCAAGUACUCUGGUCCCUUCAGUGCCAGACAGCUGCCUGACAAAGUCAACACUAUUGUCCAAGAGGCCAAGACCCAGCUGCCCCUGGUUGCACUGAAGAAGGUUUGGGGUGAAGCAGUGAGCUACAUCUGCGGUCUGAAGGAGGACUACAGCAGACUUUUCCAAGGACAGAGGGCUGCUAUGUUGAGUCUCCUGCGCUACAACACCAACCUGACCAGGUGUAAGAACAGCAUGUUCGGCUUCUCUCAGCAGCUGAAAGCCAAACUGGACUUCUUCAAGAGCAGCAUCCAGUAUGACCUGGAGAAAUACAGUGAUCAGAUGCACUAUGGCAUAUCCUCUGAGAAGAUGCUGAAAGCCUGGCAGGAGAACGAGGAGAGAGCUGCUGCGUUUGCACAGGUGGCAGAGGUGAGCCAUUUGGAUGAUGAGAUCAUGGCUCUGCACUCUGAGAUAGUGGAACUUCAGAGGAGCCCGUACGCCCGACGCCAAGGAGACAAGAUGGAGCAGCUAGAAGAAAAGGCCAUCGAGCUCUAUAAGCAACUGAAGAUGAAGUGCAAAAUACCUGAGCCAGAUGUGAGCAGUGACAGUUCUGAGAUGGUGAAGGCCAUCAUUCAGACAGUCCAGAACCAAGACAAGGUCCUCAAAGAUCUGUACACCCACCUCAGUAAGAUCCUAAUCAGCAAACAGAAGAUCAUUGACUUGUUUCCGCGAAUUGAGAAAACUCUGGAGAGCAUCAAGGAUGCGGACAACACAGUGAUGCAGAUGCAGAUAAAGAGACAGAGAGAGUUCUGGCAUCUACUGAAGAUUGCAUGUGCUCAAAACUCGUCACGCAGCUCGAUAGCAGCCAGUCCCGAGUCGUCCAACCUGCUGCAGGUUUCUCAGUGGUCACAGUCAGCACAGCCUGUCAGCUCCCCACAUCCUCUCACCUCCCUACCUGGGCCAAAUGACAGUGAUGCUGCCCCACGUCUGCUGCAGGAGAACCAGAAGUACCUCAGUCAGCUGACCAGCCUGAUGCAGGAGGCUGCUGAUGAACAGGGCAAGAGCAUAGUGGACCAAGACUGGAGCUGGACAAAAUACGAAACUUUAACAACAAAAUUAAAAAAGCGAAAUGCGUAAGACCCGUCAUGUCCUCCAUCCCUGCUUGUGCUCCGAGUAACACUAAGGACUGUGAGCUGUUAACUCAGCAGAAAGGCACCAAACCUUGUAUAGUUGUACAUGGACUCGGGAUAUUCUCUUAAAAACGGUUCUCUUGAUCUACUUUUUAAAAAAAAAAAAAAAAAAAAAAAAAAACAAGAUGGAGUUCACCCAUGCUCAGUGGUGUCUGUCCACUCUCAUCGUCUCACAUGGUGGAAAGUUUGAUCAAUGAAUAUUCUUGUUUUUGUAUGAAAACAAAUGAAGCUGUGUCUCUCUAACUCCUUCUGCUGCACAUUAUUUAUCAUAACUCAUGAAAACUGAUGAUUCUCAUUUAUACUGUUGCAAAAUUGAGCAAACUGUAGCACCGGAUUUUUGGAGGUUUUGAGGUGGAUUCAUUCAUCACAUGGGAGAAUAUUCGGCAGAAACAAGGGAACUAGGUCAGCCUCGUGACACACAAGGAAAAGACAGGAAGUGGUGGAGGGGUGAGGGAGGGAGGGUCGAGGAGGAAAUUACAAUCAAGCAAACAGCACUUUGAUACUCCCAUGUGUUCUCUCUGUGAAGAGAUGAACCGUUCCAGGCUGCCAAAACUGUCGCAGGAUUCACGGUCACAACAAGACGGAAACUGUUAUUGUCUCAUAAUCAAUUUGAUAUAUUUUACUAUAAACAUUCUGGGAUUUAGAUUCUAUGUACAUCUUAAUUUUUUUUUUUUUUUUUUAAAUAAAGUGUUAUAUAUCAUAGGCAGACAGACGUGGCGGGCCAUUAUGUUUAUACAGUGUCUAUAAUGUACAUCUGUCUUUCAAAAUGGGUUUGAGUCUCAUUUAUGUGCACAUAAUAUUUCUAUUUCUUUGGACGGUUUAUGCUGCGUUCAUGUCAUAUUGAGCUGAUUUAACAGUUGGCAAGGAGUCGAGCUUAAAUGAUGAGUUGAUUAAUUGAUUAGUCGUGUGAAAGGAAAAGUCAGAAGUGCAAAUUAAUUGUUUUUGCCAAUUUUUAAGCAAAAAUAGAAUGUUUUUUGGUUCCAGCUUCUCCAUCUUACAUGGUAGUUAACUGUGAACUGAGAAUCGGUGGGUUUUGGACUCCUGGUCAAAUACAGAAAGCUGUUUGAAGACAUCAUCUUCUGCUGUGGGAAAUUGUUAUUUUCACUUUUAAUUAUAAAUAUAUAAUAAACCCAAAUUUAAUGUAUUUAGUGCUAAGGCACAGUAUUUUUAACGCUCACACAACCAAGUCUGUUGUCAUAAUAGUGUCUCAAGUUGCACUCAAUGUUUGUUAUAAUGUUCCAGUGCCCAAGGUGAUGUAUAUUCAUGCAUAAAAAACAGUAUAAACCACAAAGAUAUUCAUCUUAAAAUGACAUAAAACAGACAAAAGCAGUGAUUUCUCACAUUGAAAUGAUUAAUCAAUCAUAUUUGUCCAAUCAUUUUCUGUCAAUCGACUAAUCUAGAGCUGCAGUGAUUAGUUAAUUCAUUGAUCUAUUAAACCUCAGUAGCUUUUGUGAGUCAGACAAAACAAGUGUUAGUCGUUUGAUCAUUAGUGUCAGCCCACCACUAAUCAAUUAAUUGACUAAUCCUUUCAGCCAUAGAUGUAAACAUGCGACUCUGCCAUUCUAUCCGAUCAUCUAUGAUGUGAACGCAACAUUUUUCAUGGAGGUGUAACAGCCUGGUUUCCAUCAAACACUGUAGCACAGUCGGCAUCUUCUGAAUGAACAGAUCUGAGAUGCUCACAGGAAACCAGGACAGUAAACGACUGAAUGUACUGCAGUUACACCGUCAGGUGUCAGCUGUGUUUUCACGUGGUUACUUUGGGCCAGAGAGAAAUUAACCUUCUGGGUUGUAUUUAUGAAGUCGAAGUGCAAUGGAGAAAAAUAUAUUUUGUAUUUAAGUACCUCGAUUUGUCGGUUUUCUUUCCAUUUGAGUAUUUGUUUUCAUCUGAUGGUUUAACUUUGUCUCUGAAUGUUUGAUUUCUAGAAAUGUCAUUGUAUAAAGAUCAAAUGUUUACCUGGUGAUAAAAUAAAAGACUUUGGCAUGA